AUGACAGAUUAUCUUUUUGAAAAAUCACUCAUCUCUGAUGAAGUACAAAAUGCUUUACCGUUAAAUUAUGCUAUUCGACCACUUGCUAAAGAAGAUUACGAUAAAGGAGUUUUAGAUUGUCUUGGCCAACUUUCAAUCAUUGAGGAAAUAUCAGAAACGAAAUUUUCAGAGCAUUUCGCUGCAAUGAAAAAGAGUGGGCAAUAUUAUAUUGUUGUGAUCGAGGAUAAAGAUUCGAAUAGAGUAGUAGGACUUGGAACUUUAUUAGUGGAAUUGAAAUUUCUGAGGGGUUGUUCAAAGGCCGGACAUAUUGAAGAUAUCGUUGUGGACGAUUCAUACAGAGGGAAAAAAUUUGGUUUAAUGUAA